AUCCUAAUAGAUACAGUUCUUAUGAUAAUGGUGACAGCUGGUGUUGUUCUCUUAUUCACUUUCGUGGACGUGAUUUGGAAAUUCUUCGCAAUGAAUUCUUGGGUAAAGUUUAUUAUUAUAGGAGUCGGUUUCCUUGUGUUCCUGAUAUUCUUAUUCGUGGAAAAAAUUCGAUCGCGACGAGUUGGUGUCUAUGUCAUGCUUUCAAUUGUGAUCGCAACGUUGUCUGUGGUAUUGGCUGCUGUUUUGUCACCUGUUGGACUGAAAGCUGGACUCAUAUCUCUGGCCUGUAUACUUGUGGUGGAA